CUCAUGGCCAACUAUGAAUUUAGCCAGGUGUCUGGGGACAGACCCUGCUGCCGCCUCUCUAGGAAAGCCCAGAUCUGUCUCGGAAUAGGUCUCUUACUCCUGAUAGCGUCGGUAGUGGUAGCUGUCAUACUUCUGUGGCCGCGCGCACCUCUGGUGUGGGAAGGGAAGCCUACCACGAAGCACUUUCCUGAGAUCUUCCUGGGACGGUGUCUCGUCUACACUCAGAUCCUCCGGCCUGAGAUGAGAGAUCAGGACUGCAAGAAGAUACUGAAUACAUUCAAAAGAGCAUUUGUGUCCAAGAAUCCAUGCAACAUCACAAAGGAAGACUAUGAGCCACUAGUUCAGUUGGUCACUCAGACCUUACCAUGUAACAAGACUCUCUUUUGGAGCAAAUCCAAACACCUUGCCCAUGAGUAUACCUGGAUCCAAGGGAAGAUAUUCACCCUGGAGGACACGCUACUGGGCUAUAUUGCUGAUGAUCUCAUGUGGUGUGGAGACCCCAGCACUUCUGACAUGAACUAUGACUCUUGCCCACAUUGGAGUGAAAACUGUCCCAACAACCCUGUCUCAUUGUUCUGGAAAGUGAUUUCCCAAAAGUUUGCAGAAGCUGCCUGUGGUGUAGUCCAAGUGAUGCUCAAUGGGUCCCUCAGUGAACCAUUUUAUAAAAACAGCACCUUUGGAAGUGUGGAAGUCUUUAAUCUGGACCCAAAUAAGGUUCAUAAACUCCAAGCCUGGGUGAUGCAUGACAUCGAAGCAGAUUCCAGUAACUCAUGCUCAGGCUCCUCCAUAAAUGAGCUGAAGUUGAUUGUGGAGAAAAGGAAUAUUGCUUUUGCCUGCCAGGAUAACUAUAGGCCUGUCAGGUUUGUUCAGUGUGUGAAGAAUCCUGAACAUGCAUCAUGUAGUUAAAUAUCUGAAUGAUUUGGAUCUUAGAUCCCCUGUAGCAUCAUCAAGAUGAAAGUCUCAGAAGCUAUACUGGUAUAUAGAUGACGGUGUCAAGGAGAGCCCUCUACUACAAUGUCAACACUAGAGAUGGAGGAACUUGCAAACAAAUAUUGGCAACAUUACUUGAUCAGCUCAAUUCUUCCUGUA